AUGCAUGACCUAGUGCAUGAUCUUGCAAGAGCAAUCUUGGCCGAUCAAGUAAACAGUAAUGGCAGUGUUAUGGGAAAUGGAUGCCUCUAUGCAUUUCUCACAGAUUGUAGCAAGCCAUUGCAGUUAUCCGCGACUUCUCCUGCAAAUAUAAAGGCGUUGCAUUUUCUAGACUGUGGCAAAUUGGAACUCCAUGGUGAUGCAUUUUCACUAGGUACAUGCCUCCCUGUCUUGGAUUUAAGUGAAUGCCGUGUCUUGGAUUUAAGUGAAUGCCUUAUACGGAAGUUGCCAGAAUCUGUUGGUCAACUGAAACUGUUGAGGUUUCUUUGUGCUCCAAGGAUCCGAGAUCACAUGAUUCCCAAUUGUAUCACCGAGCUCUCAGAAUUAAAUUAUCUCAACCUUAGAGGCUCUCAUAAUCUCUCAGCACUGCCGGAUUCAAUUGGUGAUAUGAAGGGUCUGAUGCAUCUUGAUCUAUCAGGUUGCCAUGGAAUACGUGAACUCCCAAAGUCAUUCGCAGAGCUGAAGCAGCUGGUGCAUCUGGAUUUAUCCCAUUGCUAUAUGUCUAUUUCAAAAGCUUUUGGCGGCUUUACAAAGCUUCAAUAUUUGAAUUUAUCAGUUCAGUUUAUUAUUGUAGCAAAUAGGAGAGGUCUGACAGAGGUUAUUGGUAAUCUAACCAAACUCAGGUAUCUAAAUCUAUCAGGGUGCAUGCAUGCUAUGGCCCAGUCAAAAGAUCAAGUUGACAUCUUGCUUGGCUCUCUCAGCACUCUUUCCAAUCUAGAGCAUCUGGACUUAACUGAGAAUCGAGGGCUUUCUAGUAUACCAGAAAGUUUUGGCAACCUCAGGAAACUUCAUACAUUGGACCUCAUAGGCUGCUCCAACAUAGAGAAGCUUCCUGAUAGUAUGUUUCAAAUAGUUAAUUUGAAGGUUCUAAAUGUGGACAACUUUGUUAAAUCCGGGCUCUCCUGGUUAAAUCUUGCCUUGUUGCCACACUUUGUGGUGCAUCCUUCUAGUGAUAAAAGUAGCAGCAAUAUCACCCUGCUUCAGCCUACAAAUCCUGAUAUGCUGACGAUAGAUAGACUUGAAGAUGUGAAGUCUGCAGAAGAGGCUGAGAGUAUAAAACUGAUCGAGAAACAAAAAAUUAAAAUGCUAGCAUUUCAAUGGACUGUACCUGCUGUUAGGUUUGUGGAUGACAAGGAGGUGUUGGAAAAACUAGUGCCACCAAGCAGUACACAGAUAUUGUCUAUAACUGGUUACAGGAGUGUCACCAUUCCUGAUUGGUUUAUGAGCAUUAGGCAGUACCUACCUAAUCUUUGUAAGAUAAAUCUGUGUGAUUUUCAUAAGUGCAAGAGCUUACCACCACUCGGUCAACUACCAAAUCUACUAGAGCUGGGUCUCUAUGGCAUGGAGAGCUUGGAAGAGUUCAACACUGCAUAUACCAGUGGGGAGGGAGGUGCAAAUGAGUUAAUGUUCCCUAAGCUUGAGGCAUUGACCGUAGAGCGAUGUGCAAAGUUGAGGAUACAACCAUGUCUGCCUAGAGAUAUAUCGGUCUUGAUGAUAAUAGAUUGUGAUAAUGUGCUAUUAUCAUUGGGAGAGAGCUUGUCACACAGUGCUGCUUCCUCCUCAUCUCCAUUAACUGAUUUGACUGUUUGUAGCAGCAAGGUGCCCAUGCAUCAGUGGAGGUUGCUUCAUCACCUCCCUGCCCUCCGUAAGUUGACUAUCGGCCGUUGCAGUGAUCUGACCACCUCAACUGAGAUUAUUGAACACCUCUCCUCUCUCGAAUCAUUGUCACUCGACCAGCCAGAACUCCCGAGUUGGUUGGUUGAGCUAACUUCACUACAAGAACUAAGUUUGUCUACGUGCAGAAGCAUGAGACUUUGCCAUCGACGUUUAAGACUGGAAAGAUGUCUUAGCCAUCUUUAUGUUCUCUCUACAUCCAUCCAUUGA